UCCCCUUACGAUUUCACUAGAGUUGUAACUUUCUUCAUAAGUAAGAAAGGUUCUUAGCCCGAGUUGACUUGACUACUUAAAACGAACGGGCAUUCUCCAACUGGAACCGGGGGAUUCGGGGGAAGUGCUUGAAGAUAAAGUGGGCCAAGUGUGCAGUGAGGGUGCUUGUCAAUCACUAGGUAGCUAGUCUUUACUUAACCCGGUCCAAGCAAUGCCCAAAGACUCCCAUGCCUUUCUUGAUUGGACCGACCCAACCGGCCAUUUCCGACUUCCUAAUUAUUAGUAUAAAGGCAUUUCUAAAAUUGUCUUUUUAGAUAAUGCCACAGACAGUUGACAACUAACAAUAAAAGACUAGCUAAGUAGCAUAUUAACCAGUGAAAGGCUUUUCUCUUGCAGUCAAGAAAUCCAUAGUCACCCCUUCAAGCCUUCCCUAUUUGUCGAUUCUUUCAUCUUUUUAAAAACCCUAACCCUUAUAUUAAUUUUCUACCCUAUUUGUUCAAGCAAUACCACCCCAACCCAAUCUAUCGAAUCGAAAAAGUUUGCCUCAUUUAUUCACAUCACAUCACUUUUUUCGCUCGACAGCGAGCAGUGCCAAUUCUAGACCGAUCCACCAAGAAAAUGAAUACUACCAUGGAAGCAAGUGCUGUCACUGAGAAUGAAACAGGCCAAACUUUUGGUGGUUUGGGGUACGGCCUUGGGCUCUCCCUCGGGAUCCUCGUAAUAUUUUUGAUCACCACCUAUGCCUCCUACAUGUGCACACGUAGACAAGGCGGCGCCAACCUCCUCUACAACCACGACUUGUCGAUCCACGGAAGCUCCACCACGAACGACAACUGGUGGCAUCGACGAGGCCUUGAUGAAACCACUAUCUCUACCUACCCACAAUUCAUAUACUCCCAACUCAAACUCCAUAAAUGUGAAUCCUCUUCUUCUGCUUGCUCCAUUUGCUUGGCUGAUUAUAAAGAUACAGAUUUGAUAAGGCUUCUGCCUGAUUGUGGCCACUUCUUUCACUUCAAAUGUAUUGAUCCUUGGCUAAAGGUAAAUCCCACUUGUCCCAUUUGUAGAAACUCACCAUUGCCAACUCCUCUUGUAGAGUUAAUGGUAAUUUCAUCACCUACUCAAUGAUAAGGUCCUAAUUCAACUCACUAUAUUAGCUUUUCAUAAGAUUCAUACUUUCAAAAAAAAAAAAAAAAAAAAAAAAAAACGUCUUUAUUUUAAUCAAAUUGUACAUGUGUUAUUGAUUCAGUGAUGGUUGAAUUAUUUCAAAUUUGUCAAUGGGGUUUUGCAGUUGUUUGCAAAAUGUAAUUGAAAGACAUAGAUUCAUAAAUUGUUUUAGUAGACAUUUUCUUAUCUCUCAAUGAUUUACUUCCUUUAA